ACUUGCACACAACAAAGAAUUGCUGUCGUUCACAUUUUGGGUAGGAACGCGGACGGUUCCCUUGUGCUUCUUGGGACCGCGAACGGCUGAUCCUCGCUGGUGCGUCCGGUUUACCUAUUUUCCUGGCGUCUUCUUUGCUCCCUCGUGGAAUGUCGGGGCUGUGGUUGUCUAUUCGUUUCCGUGUAUUGUUUUUUAGAAAAACAACUUGACUGAGGCUCCGCUGACAAAAGGCAAGCGCACUGAGUCUAGGCGCUCUUGCCUACAACCCUUCUUCAAGAUGUACCCGCCAGCGGCUUUAUGGGAGUUCGGCGGCCAGCGUCCGCGCAAGAACGAUGUCGAAGAGUUUCUCACUCGGGUCGAAAAGGUCAGGAAAAACCGAAAGACCCAUGUUCCAGAAGACCUGUUUUCUUAUGAAGAAAAGAAGCGACUGCGGAAUUCCGAGUACUCGUCUCCGCUAGACGGCUCUGACAGAGACGACGACGCACUCUUGUCUGGCGCAACCAGUACGGCUGAUAGGGACGAAGUGGACACACCGGCCGGAGGGGUAGAUGAGGAACAUGACAAUGCUCAGAAAGCACCGUCUGAUGCAGGUAGCGCGAACUCAUCGGGAAAAGACCAUCCACAAGACACUGCGGCACAGAGAGAGAUGGAGCAACUGAGAGAGAACAUGAGCGAGGAACUCCAUAGUGACUGCGUUGAGUGCUUCACGCUGCACGACGCUAACAAAGAUGGCCUCGUUCCCCUAGAGGAACUGCCGUGGAUGCUCCGCAAUCUGGGCCAGUUCUGGACGAAAAACGAGUUGAACGCUUUAAUCGCGCAACUCCAGAUCGACGGAGUCACUGAACUGGAUCUGACAAAAUUCAUCGAUAUCGUCGUGACUGAGCAAAGCCGGAGAAAGUUGGACGCCAGAAAACUCGCCGAUGCUUUCCGCGUCAUGGACAGGCAAAAAAAGAAUAGUGUCGUUCUAAGCGAACUGAAACACUACAUGCAAGCCUUUGGUGAACGCAUGAGUGAGGAGGACUGGAACAUGCUAGUCGGCACGAAAGGUGAUGUCUUUGAGGGAUACUAUCCUUCUGCCAUCAAACAAGCGACCUUCAUCGAAAUGUUCGCCGGAAGCCCCGAGAAAAUCUUUGAGUCCGGGAGUACCCACACAAUGCACCCCCCGCAGUGAGAGUGGAUGCAUAUUGUGCGAUUUCUGGAUAAUGCGGGGGCGUAAACAGCUUUCGGGGACAGAAAAAGUUAAUCUGCUGUGUCCCAGAGCAUAACCGGUUGUGGUCGCAGGCACUGCACGUUCCUUGUACAGCAUUGAACUGGGAAGAAUACCGAGCAUGAACAUGUUCAAAAAAGCAUACUAAAACACUUCUUGCUGCUUCUCACAAGGAAAGGAGAACUUGACGGACCUGCACAUUCGCAGAAGACAUAGAGACAGGAACAGCAACGAAAAGGAAAGAGCCCUACCUGAAACGCGGAAGGAGCACGCGGAGACAGUGACGCUUAACAAAGAUUACUAGUAAACGCUGCUCCCCACAAGUUGCGUCGCCAGUAAGUUUCGUCACAUCCAAACGUUUGUAAACAUUGAUGACGAUCGCCCAUACCUUCCCAUUCGCUGUUGUGUAUCUGAAAAUGUAGGUAGACGGCGGACUCAAGGCAUCCAUAAGACGGAU